AGGACUAAUCGUGGAAUUGAUGAUACUUGAUAGUGGUCUCAACCACACAAAAAAAGUGUAAUGGAGUCAAAACAAAUCUCAUACUACUAAAGUAGUGUGAUCCAGUGUAACCAUAUUUCGUCAAAACUCUUUUGAUAAUUAUCCUUUGAACCCUUUCGUUUCUCUCAUCUCACUCACUCUCCAAUUCUGCUUCAUCUUCCGCAUUUCAAAGGUUGGCUUAACUCUGUGUUGAAAGAUGACUUCUCGGGUGGUGAGGACUAAUAUGAGACUUCGAAGGAGGGAUGGUGUGAAUGUGUCUCAAAACGAACACCAGGAAGGGACUGAACAAGCUCCAACGGUGCCUCAGAUUGUGUCUACUCCUCCUAGGGUUAAUAUAGUUGCUAUUGAAGAUGAUGAUGAUGUUGUUGAAUCAACUGCAUCUGCUUUUGCUCAGGCUAAAAACAAAUCGAGAAGUGCACGCAGAGGACCUGUAGUAGUUGAUGUAGAGUCAGGUGGUACUAAUAGAGGGACAAGGCGUCGCUCUGAUCAAACUAGUGCUGACUCGGUUGAGCUUAACAAGCCGAGAAAGUCCAAGGCUGUGGCUCCUCCUGUAGAGGAACCAAAAUUUAAUUGUCCAAUCUGUUUGUGUCCAUUUACUGAGGAGGUUUCAACGAAGUGUGGUCAUAUUUUCUGCAAAGCGUGCAUAAAGAAUGCGUUAUCUCUCCAAGCUAAAUGCCCGACAUGUAGGAAAAAAAUCACUGCUAAGGACCUUAUCCGGGUAUUCCUUCCAACUGCCAGAUGAAUCAUACAGAAACAUCACCAGUACUCAUGGUUAAUGGUCUAUUGAUUCUAUCCUCCAACAAUGAAGAGAUGUUAUUGAUUCUAUCACCCAACAAUGAAGAGAUUUUCAGUAGUUGUAGUUUGUUAUAUCAAUAUCGUUCUGUUUUGUAAGAGAAUUAUCUAGGAGUCAUGGAAGACCUAUUUUUCUAAUGGAGAUCAUUCAUUGGUGAUCUUCAUUAUUUGAGUAGUUCCUUAUUGCUUAGUGAUUGUUGAGAUAUUUUAGGGAAGAUACAGUAUUGUUGAAUCUUAAGAAAACAUUCUACAUCCUGAGCC